UUUAACGACACCCAAAAAAACCCUCUUAUGGAUGAUAUUGGUCGCGAAAGCCUACGUGUUAAACCAAUUUCUUUCAGAUUGUGCAAACUGUGACACCUUUGUGUUCUCCUGGCUGUGAUGCAUUGAAUUGAUGUGAAUAUUUGACUGUUUUGUCAUCGUCAUCAAAACCAGCUACGGAUCUGUCCACAUUGGGAUGAAACCCUCCCCAUGACGUUGCCAUUCAUCAUGCUCUUGUGAUGCCACAAUGCAGCUUGCUCAUUUGCAUGUUCCUGAUCUCAGUGCAACAUCUCUGCGGCAGGCAUCUUCAAGGGUGUGUUUCCUCCUCUGCCUCUAAUUCUGUCACCAGCCUCACCCACCCAUCUGCUAUCGUCUCUUACAAACAAUUAUUACUGCCAAAACCCACUUUUCUUGAUGAGUCAAAUACGAUAUAUAUUUUUAAUAACUUGUGUUUGACCUCUAAUUCACGUGUCCAUCUGGCUGGGUGUCUACGAGCUCAGAUAAUGGGUUCCAAUCUUGAUUUCGGCCACCUGUGCUUAAACCCGGGUUUCCAAAUGCGGCGAGUUGAUGAUGGUCUCAGUCCAGUCACCGAUUAGCACGAUUGUGUAAAGGAUGAAAGGGCCACUAUGACACAUGGGCACAGCGUCCCGUGUGAUUUAUAAACAGAUUCUUUGUUUCAUAACAUGAUGCAUUUGAAAAAAACCCACAAUGUAUGGCAUACAAUAACAGCCUCAAGUUUACACAUCGAACAGUCGUCUUUAAAUUGUCCAUCUAGAUUAAGAAAUUAAUGUUGCUGUUACCAUUAUAUUUUCCAAAAUGAAGCCGUUGGUUUAGAUAAGGGGGGAAAUUUCAAUGUGUUUACCCAUUGCAUUAACCAAACACUUCUCAAAGGGAGAUCAGAGCUGAGUUUGAGGUAUUUGCCUCUCUGCCUUCCGUUUGGCAAUUACACUCAAUUCCUGGCCACUGCAAACGUCAGUGACUAAAUGUAGUCCCUUGACAAAUGUUAAAGCGUGGAGCCUGUAUUUUCAACAUUCUCCUGGACUACCUGCAUUUCCCUCAUGCUAAUACAUUUUUAAAAGUAGAGUUAAGGUCAUGUAUGCAUUGCUUGAGAUUGGGUACGUACAAAAGGACAAUGAGUUAUGUUUAACGCCUCUACUUGCCAUUAAUAUUUAUUUAGAACUUUGUAAAUAACUUAAUCUCCCCAAGCCACAGCCAUCCCUUGUGAUGCAACGAACCAUCUAGCUCCGGCACGCAAGUGGCCUUGAUCCCGCAGCGGCGGAUAAAUGAGGGCCGAUGAUAACGUUGAUGACGAUUUCUCGUCUCCCCCCGAGUCCACUCACAUUCUUCGCUUCGUGUGCAUUCGAAUGAAUGGAAUGUGCGCAGCCGUUUGAAGUUCGGGCGACAUGGAGUGGGCUCGCACGUGCCUCCUGCUCGUCCUGACGGUUGGUGCUGCUCUGUCGGAUGAGUCCACCUCGGAGGAGCAACGCGCAGGCUGCAGCACGGUUCCUCACGACCUCGUCUUCAUACUGGACGGCUCGUGGAGCGUGGGGGUGUCCAGCUUCCACACGGUCAAGGACUGGCUCGUCAACAUCACCAACAGCUUCGAGGUGGGGCCCAGGUACACGCAGGUCUCCGUCGUGCAGUACAGCGACUCGCCGAAGCUGGAGGUGUCCUUCAGCGACCGCGCCUCCGCCGACCGGGUCGUCUCGGAGAUCCGCUCCAUAGGCUACCUGGGCGGCAACACGCACACGGGCAAGGCCAUCAAGUUCGCCAUGGACGAGGUGUUCGCCUCGUCGGCGCGGCGCGGUUCCGACGUGGCCAAGACGGCGAUCGUCGUGACGGACGGCAAGUCGCAGGAUAACGUCACGGUGCCCGCGCAGGAGGCCAGGGCGAGCAGGAUCACUCUCUUUGCCGUCGGUGUGGGCUCGGCGGCCGAGGAGCAAGAGCUGAGGAACAUCGCCAAUCACCCGCCCUCCACCUACGUCUUCUCGGUGCAAGACUACGACUCCAUCUUCAAGAUCAAGGAGGUGCUGAAGCAGAAGAUUUGCGAGGAGACGGUGUGCCCGACGCGGAUCCCCGUGCCAGCCCGCGAUGAGAAGGGCUUUGAGCUGCUGGAGGGCAUGAUGAUCCACAAGAAGACGGCGCGAGUGCUGGGCUCCUUGCCCACGCAGUCUGCCUUCUCCGUCAGCCAGCAGGACGACAUCACAGAGAGCACCAAAGGGGUGUUUCCCGAGGGGCUGCCGCCGUCCUACGUCUUCGUGGCGACGUUCCGCAUGCCCGGCGACGUGGCACGGCGCCGCUGGGACCUGUGGCGCAUCGUGGCGCACGACGGCGCCCUGCAGGCGGCCGUCACGAUAGACGGCGAGGGCCGCUCGGUGCGCUUCGCCGCCACGAGCCUCCUGCGCACCGCGCAGAGCGUGGAGUUCGUGGGCCCCCUCGUGCAGAAAUUGUUCGAUGAGAAGUGGCAUCAACUUAGAAUUGUUGUGACAGAAACAUCUGCAACUUUGGUAAUCGAUGAUGAAGAAGUGGACUAUAAAAUUUUGGAUAAUAUAAUCUCGAUUUUUAUCAACGGAAAAACCCAAAUUGCUAAAUAUUCACAGCAGGAAGCGACAGCGCCGGUCAUAAUCCAGAAAAUAAGAAUAUAUUGCGACCCCGGACAAAGCAAAAGAGAAACCGCUUGUGAGAUUGGAGGUGUUAAAGAUGAACGGUGCAAGGAAAUACAGGCAUUGGUGGGAACACUUCGUGAACCGUGUCAAUGUCCGGCAGGGAGUCCUGGUCCCUAUGGCAUGCGAGGAUUCAAGGGGCACAAGGGGCACAAGGGCGAGAGAGGAGACCCCGGUGCCGAUGGCAAGCCGGGCAUACGUGGCGAGCCUGGUUUCCCCGGGGCAACAGGGCCUCAAGGACCCCAGGGUCCCCUUGGGAUUCGAGGGAUUUCGGGAAGAGAAGGAGAAAAGGGAGACCCGGGCAGUCGAGGGGGACCCGGGCUCCCUGGGGCAGCUGGACUCAAGGGACACAGGGGUGUGCAGGGGCCAGUGGGUGAACCUGGAAUAGGAGGCCCACCAGGGAGGAAGGGGGAACCCGGUUCAAAAGGCAGUCCAGGCCUCCCUGGUCUCCUAGGGUCAAAGGGCUACCCAGGAGAAGAUGGACGGAAUGGUUUACCAGGCCUCAAUGGACUUAAGGGAGAAGCGGGAACGCCGGGGUAUCCUGGAAUGAGAGGCGAGCCUGGAAGAACGGGACCAUCCGGAACUCAAGGACAAAUGGGGACACUGGGCCACAAGGGGGAACAAGGUCUGCCUGGCCCAGAGGGAGAAAGGGGACCGUCAGGUAGCAUGGGGUUUGACGGAGCAGCGGGCUUGGCAGGUCCCCCUGGCCCCGCGGGAACGAAGGGUUCGAAAGGUACAACAGGGACCCAGGGGCCGUGGGGACUACCAGGACCUGCGGGAAGGAAGGGGGAAGCUGGGCUGACGGGGUCACCAGGUUAUGGCGGUCUCCCUGGGGGUGACGGAGAAAUGGGUGAGAAAGGAGAGGCAGGAUUGCCUGGCCACCAAGGAGAGAGAGGCAUCCAAGGGUCAUACGGAUUGUCAGGAGACAAGGGAGACAGUGGACCUACAGGAGCCAAGGGAGAGAGAGGAGGGCCUGGGCUGCCAGGGGAGAGGGGUCUGCAUGGAAAUAAAGGGGACCCAGGCCCCGUGGGUAAUUUGGGACCAUCUGGCAUCUCUGGCAGUAUAGGGGACAAAGGCCUCCCAGGAUAUCCAGGUCGCCAAGGCAGGCCGGGACGUCCACUUACAGAUAAUUAUGUACGGAAGCUUUGCAACGACGUCAUCCAAGAUCACCUGGCUGGGUUGCUGCGGAGCAUCAUGAAGCCCUGUGAGCCUUGUGUGGCGUCACGUGGGUUACCCGGGCCCCCUGGUCCCCCUGGCACUAAGGGCUUCCGUGGCCUGUCUGGCUUACCCGGUCAUAUGGGAAGGCCUGGAUACUCAGGGACACCUGGUGAACCAGGUGGCUCUGGGCUGAAAGGAGAGCGAGGGACGAAGGGGGACAAGGGGUCCAAAGGCUCUGGAAGGUUUGGACCCAUGGGCAAUGCAGGGCUGCCAGGUGCCGUGGGUCCCGCGGGCUUGUCGAAGGAGGGCACAGCAGGAAUUACAGGUCCUCCCGGGCAGCAGGGCCAACCGGGAAAAGCGGGCAGCCGAGGGCUGCCGGGGCUGCCGGGGGUGUGCGAUCCGCGCGGAUGCUUUGCGGCGUACGUCCCCUAUCGGCCAGGCCACCAGAAAGGGCCCAGUGACUGACGCAGAGAAGGAGGCUCGGGAAGCGGGCGGCGUUUGCCUCAACGCACGGUCGGAAGUGCGUGACGAACACGCGUCGACGGAUUUAAUCACCCUCCGCUUUGCUUUAGAGUGCGACGAUCGCUGUAGCUGUGAUCACCGAACCUUUUCAGUUAAAUUAAUGAAUUUGUAAUAAUUCUAACAACUUAACCUCUUGCCCAUUACAUUUUGAUUUAAAGCUUUCGUGACUGCAGUAAUUCAUAUUCUUAGUUUUUUCGGUAAAGUCACGUUGAAGGGAAACAACAAAAUAAUAAAAUAUAUAUAAAACAAUAAAAAAAUUCUCACGACGUUUCGACCAUAACUCAAACGGUCAUCUUCAUCUCUUGCCCAUUGUCCACUAAAACCUGCAUUAAAUUGCAGGUUUGUAGUCCUUGUGAAAUGUAUCUCUCCAUGACACCUCAUUUUAUAAAGAAAUCUACUGCAAAAUGAAUUUUUGGACAAAAUGUAAUCAAUGUAAAUUGAUGUAUAAUUUGGUGAUCAUAGAUAUCUGGACUUUGUGGGUAAAUAGGCUUUCUGUAAGAAGCAAUGUGCAAAUGUCUCAGUGGCAUUGCAAUACGCAGUUUUUAGAGAGAUUUUUUUACUUGAUCAAAAUGGUAACAUUUUACUGGUGCUAAAUUAGAAUGUAUUUUUAGGAUUUGCACGUGUUUUGUACAAUGGAAACAUUUGUAAAAGGGGAAACACUGCAACAGUAUAUCUUCAUAUUUCACAGACUAAAUGCCAGUGCUUUUGUCACAUAAAUAGAAUAAAGGUGGAAACAGAAUAUAAAGGGUUUAUCUUAUUCCCCAUUUCUUACAUGUUUUUAAUCUUCAUGACUUCAAUUGUCAAAAACAAACAUCUUUGAAGCUGAGAAAUCUAUACAUGUUUGUGCUAUGUGCUGAUUUUGUUUAACUAACGGAUUUAUUGUGUGUACAGUAUGAAGCGCCUGAGGAAGUAUUGGGUUAAGAGAAGCUUUGUUGACAGCAGUAUAUUGUUUCAUCUUUCCAUCUGUAAGGUUAAGCAUUCUUUCAUUGACCUUGACAUAGUUGUUCGAAGAACACGGUAGCUUAUGUAAGUUGUGGUAUCUCGACCUUUGCAAUACUUUUGUUACGUUUCACACCAAUAUCCUUUCGUCAGGGUGGCGAGAUGUUAACUACCUCACCUGGUAUACAGGACGCUGUGGGUUCGAUCCUAACCCUAACGUCUGUAUAUUUGGAGUUUGCAUAUCUCUCUCCCCGUGGCCGUGUGGAUUA